AUGUCCAGUUCCGCCAAACCCUCGAUCAAGUUCGCGUUGCUUGCCUACUCGGUCUACUGCUGGGUGGACGGCAGCGCCCGUACGCGAAAUAAUCCUAGUUCAGACUUCUCUAUAGACCCUCUGCGUGAACCAGAAUUAACACCGGUGAAUGAAACUCGAGGAUGGAAGGCGGUGUGGGAAUGGAUGCUGCGCAGUCGUGGAUCGAGUAUGAGCGAAGAAGAACAGUCGGCCUUGGGUAGGAUGGAUGCCAUUACGGCUUUUUUGCUGUUCAACGUUAUUCAGCGAUUCUCAUUUCAUCCUGGUAGCAUACAAACACCUUUCCUAUUUCCCUUGUCAAUCUCGACUUUGAAAGAUGCUGGAAAACUACGCUGGAAGAUCCUGGUCGUUACAGCCGCACUGCUAUCUCUUGUACACGAAACCCAACGCGCGGCUCUGAUCUACUUCCUACGGAGACGCCGAGAGAACCUAACGAACCAAAUCCGGAAAGACCUUGCGAAUAUGCGGAUUGGCCAAGUCGCGGUUCGCGGAGACAGCAUCACGCUAGAACGACAAGAGGACGAAGACGAGGAGGAAUGUCUCAUUUGCUCUGGAUCGGCGGAAACCAUGUCGACCUCUAGCCACGCUGACACAAACACGACUCGCACAGGACCCCUUGAAGCAUUCUGCACGAUCGCACCCCAAAAGCACUUGGCGCACCGCCAAUUUAGCUUGAAGGAAGAUUGUCCGGACUCGCAGUCCCCGCUCGAACAGCUGUUUAUCCGCGCAGGCAUCAUCCUCCAAGCAUCCGGGUUCGACUACAUUGCAGCCAAACUGAAACGACCGGUCGGCUCUUCGUCUAAUACAGACGGGGACAGCUUUACCAUCCAUCCAUCAACCUCGCCCGUCUUAGCCACGCUCUACACGUCCACCCCACCCUGCCCGGGCUGUCGUUCCCACCACACGUCAGCCGACCCCACCGGUUAUGCCGAACGACCCCGAGUCGUUAUUCCUUUUACUUUUGUACACCGAGUUAUAGGUUCCCGGUUCUGGCGUGCUUGGAUCCGAAUUGUGACCGGACGAACCAUCUCAGCCUAUUUUGGUUCUUUAUUGUCUUUUAUGACGGUUCUUGCAGCGAUAACCAAAGUACGCGAGAACCCCACGUUGACGAUUAACUUGUAA